AUGCUUUUGGCUUUCACCGAAGCUCUCGAUAUUUGUAAAUACUAUGAAAUGACUGGAAAACUUCAUGAACAUCCCGAAUGUCUGAAAGGAGCACCGCCUGAAGUGAAGAAAACCCGAAAGCUCAGCACGCUCGAGAAGAUCUUCUCAACAACUGAGGGCUCAGCUUCGACAAGGCUAAUCGCAUCGACGAAACCACCACUCGGAUUUUGUCCAAGCUCAGCCGCCUUGAUCCAGUGCACAGCCGACCUUCAAGUGUGCCCAUUGUCCGGUCAAAUCUGUGUGCAAAGUGAUGGGAAUAAAUGUUGCCAGAUUGUCACUGCUGGAAUCCCUGCCUCAGAGAUCAACGCGAAAUCGGGAAGCUGUCCACGACCUUUGGGCAUCUCUGUUCUUCAGGACACAACAAUCGGCUGCUGGUUGGACUCGAAUUGUCCGGGGAUUCAAAAGUGCUGUGUUGAGCCGAAUCCGGUCACCAACUCAGCCACGAGAAUCUGCCGGGAUCCAGUCGGAAUCAGUAGUGAGUUUGGCAGCUCUAUUUGCAAUCAGCCGCUAGCUGUCGGAUCAUGCACUGCACCAACCGCUAGAUAUUAUUAUGAUGCUGGAGCUGGGCGCUGCACUCAAUUCAUGUACUCGGGCUGUGGAGGCAAUGCAAACAAUUUCCAAUCGUUGUCCAGCUGUCAAGCGACUUGCGGAAGCAGUGGCAUCACCGGCACUCCGUCGUGUCCAGCUGACGCAAAUUCUGGCCUGAAUUGCCUCUUCGCGCACGCGGACGCUUGCAACACCGAUUCGGAUUGCUUAGGCCGAGAAAACACCCAGCAACCCUCAUGCUGUAUGACAACUUGUGGAUACAAAAUCUGUUAUCAAUAC